AUGUGGGGGUUAAGGCUCCGAUAUCUGCAAAAGCAGUGGACACCACCUCGAACUCGAGCUCUUUCAAGCUUCAGAAGUCAUGCAUCUCCGCGCGGUCCUCGCGAUAGCAUAAAAAGGCCUAAGCUCAUACCGAAUUCGAGGAAAGCUGAACCCUUGGAGCAGCAUGAGCCUGCCGAUCCCGAGUCCCAAGAUGCCACGAAUCCCAAUUACGACCCUUCGCAAAACACACUACUUUCUCCUGUUUACCUGCCUGAAGAUCCUAGAGGUGUGCUUAAAGAAACCCACCCGGCAAUUUCGAUACUGGCGAACUCGGGAAUAGUUGUACAGCGACAACUAGAGAUGAUGAAUGUUCUGAUUGGAUUUGAACAGGCGAAUAAGUAUAUCAUCAUGGAUGCACUUGGAAACCACAUUGGAUAUAUGGCAGAACAAGAUAAGGGUUUGGUAAAUACAAUGGCACGGCAAUGGUUGCACACCCACCGAAGUUUCGUGACACAUGUAUUUGACCGAAACGAAAAUGAAGUCCUUCGAUUCAAUCGUCCGUUCUCUUGGAUCAACUCUCGAAUCCACGUCUAUGAUCCUCUUGAGCAAACACCAAAUGCUUCCUCGGCAUCCACCUCUCUUCAAAGCACCACACCCGGUUCUAUUAUUGAACCUGGCACCAUAUCAAGUGCAAAGAUAUCCCCACUUGGUCUCGGUCAAAUGCGAGUUAUCGGUGAAGCCCAACAGCAGUGGGCACCUUUGCGGCGAAAGUACAAUCUCUUCACCCAUCACCAGUCCCCAAACCCGGAAACAGAUAUGGGAACCCACGAUGUUUCGCUAUCCGACUCCGGUUUAUCACGAGCACAGCAGAUGGAGCUGGUGCGAAAAUCCGACCAAGACCAGGGUCAAUUCAACCAAUUUGCCUACGUUGAUGAGCCCUUCCUAUCAUGGGAUUUCUCCCUGAAAUCAGCAAGCAAUCAGUUAAUUGGAUCCGUCAAUCGAAAUUUCGCAGGCUUUGCUCGCGAAAUCUUCACUGACACUGGUGUUUACGCAAUGCGAAUGGAUUCCGCUGCUCUUGGCACAGAGACAUCACCCAGCCACAAAGGGUUUGGCAUGACCCUUGACCAACGUGCUGUUAUGCUGGCAACAGCUGUAAGCAUUGAUUUUGAUUACUUCAGCCGUCAACACGGCCAUGGUAUGUUUGGCGUUCCGGUGCCGUUUAUGGGUGGCCAGGCUCCCGCUGCAGGAGGCGGUGCUGCUGGUGAAGCCGGGGCCGUUGGUGGAGUAGCUGAAGGGACUCUUGAGCGAGUUGGGACCGCCGGUGGUAUGCCAAAUGGUAUGGUUGGAGGCGCUACCACCGCCGGUGCAAUGGCUGGAUAUGAAGCAAUGCAUAGGGGCAACACAACUGAUUCAACUGCCCCAGCAUCGGAACCGGCUGACUCAGGCCUACAAAGCUUCCAGGAUGAACCUCAAGACCCUUGGGGUAAAGAUGACCCGUGGGGUGACGGAGGAGGUGACGGGGGUGAUGGGGGUGACGGGGGUGAUUAUUUUGACUGGUGA